AUGACCGCUCCCCAGCUGCGGCACCAAGUCAUCCGGAUUUACAAAGAGCUCCUCUUCCUUGGCCGCGAAUACCCUCUCGGCUACCAAUUCUUUCGCGAACGCUUACACCGUGCUUUUGCGAGCCAGGCUCACGUCACUGACGAGGCGAAAAUCGCAGACGGAAUACGGAGGGCGGAGUAUGUGAAGAAAGAGAUUGAGGCAUUCAAAGUAUGGGACGAUAAAAAAGGAAGAGGGAGGGGAAAGAAAUGUACAGAUAUUGUUACUCCAAAAAGCCAAGUGGAAGAAAAAGGGCAACAUAUGGUCCAAAUGAAAGAGGUCGGAGAUCAAGCAGGGAAAAGGGGGGAUUUGCGGAUCCCCAAGAAGAAGCACCCUCCGAAUAGCGGCCUCUUGCUCGCACAGUUCAUGCACCAUGUUUAA